AUGGCUGUACAAAUUGGAGAAAACCCCCUCCAAGCACCAAAAUGUGUUCACAGAUUACAUCCCACUCAACUCGUAGAGGGAGAACCUGGAAAGCUGGAAACCAAAGUUCUUGGAGUUCCCAAACCUGAUAUUUCUUGGUUGAAAGAUGGAGAAGAAAUUCAACCUAGUAACCAUGUGAAGAUGAUUGAGAAACCAGAUGGCACAGUUGCACUGCUUUUAGAGAAGGUCACACCAGAAGAUGCUGGAAAAUAUACUUUUGUGGCCAGAAAUGACAAGGGAGAAGUCAGAGAUGAUGCUGAUGUAUCCACUGUUCCACCUAGUACAAAAGAUGAAAAACCAUUAGCUAAGAAACCAGAAUUUGAACACCAGAUAAGGCCAACACUACUAACUGAGGAAAAACCUGGAAAGUUAGAAGUUGUUGUCAGUGGUGAACCUAAACCAGAAGUUCAGUGGUAG